AUGCAAGCCCAUGUACCCACUGGAAACAGGCAGGGUCAAAAUCGUGCUCAUGACAGAGCCUUAGAUCAAGAUCGUUCUCGUACUCGUAACAUAUCCCUGGAUCAUGGACGAGAUCGAGAUCGUUUCCGUGAAAGAAAUCCAGAUCAGAACCGGAUAAGAGAAAAACAACUGGUGAUUGAAGACGAAGCGAUGGAUGUGGAUGGGGAAAACCCACAAGUUCGAGGAAACAAAGAUCGUGUAUUCGGCAGUCCAUCAAGGAGGAAUGGCGAUCGACAUGACAUGCGAGAUGGACGCACCGCGACCCCUAGUACAGAGGAAGAACUGUUACUCAAUCGGUUGAAUGAGCUGGAGAAGGAGAACGCUCUCCUGAGGUUAGAACGUGAAAACCAUCCUCGACUUAAGUCUGGUAAUCUGAACAACCAUAGGGGUAGGUCUGUAUGGCAACAUCUUGGAAAACGAGUUAGCCCGCAAGCUGCAAACCGAAAUAGAAAAGUGAUCGAUCUUGAUCGACCAGUGAAAAAUUUCUUGGUCACUGGAGAUCUGCCUAAGCGAAGGCCUGUACGACCUCGGCGAGCAGGGACCCGGCCAGCUGCAACUCAGUAG